AUGCCAGUGAGCCCUCCCGGAGCGGGAGGGCCACAUCCACCAGCGGAUUGUGAGUGCCGUUUGUGCCGAACAUUCCGCAAGGUGGCAUCCCUGGUGUUCGGGGCUGAGUCGAACCAGGUAUUCAGAGACCGUUGCCAACCCUACUUCGAGGGAUUGUACACACAACUACUUGAGAUUGCCCUGGAAGUGCGGGGUACUGCGGCCUCCAGCUCAGGCGAGGCUGCAAAUUCAGGGCAGGUGAGGCCCGGAGGCCCACCACCUGCCGCUCCGGCUGGUCAGCCGGCUGAAGAUCCAGUGGGGCGUGGCGACCAAGUGAAGAGAGAAGAGACCCCUGGCCAGGCGGGGGUGAAGCAAGAGGAGCAAGAAGUUGCACCAGUAGUGGCCCCACAUCAGAAGAGGGGACCAUCUGCGAAACCUACAACCAAGAGCUCAGAGGAGGCGGACGCAGAAGGAGGUACUUCGGCUGGAUCGCGGCCGGAGGUCGAGACUGAGGAGCGCGAAGAGUUUGAGCCCAAGGCCAGGAAGUUACCACCUCUCCCUCGCCAACGGAGGGGGGGCUACGACCAAGGAGAUAGCCCAAGGCGCCGGAGGCGGCGUGAACGAUCGGGCAAACGCCGGCGUGACGUCUCUCGGACGCCCGGCCGUGAGCAAGAGCUGCAUCCCAAGGCGGCUCCGAGCAGUCGACGGCCGCGAACGCCUUCGCGAAGCCCGCCAAGUGUCCACACCCCGGAGGACCGGUCAUCCAGCGGCGGUGCACCUCGAGGAGACACAACAAGGUUCCGAGGCACUUCAUUGGAGCUGGCUUCAGGGCAAGAAGACGAGGAGACACCACACACGCUCCCCGCUGCAGAGGAGUCGGAGGAGGCAGUCGAGCUCCCGGAGGAGGAGGUCCCGGAGUUGGAGGCACCAGAGCCGAACUCCCCUCCCACGAAGGGAAAGGGGAGAGGAAAGGGCAAGGGCUCCAAAGGCAAGAAGGGCAAGAAGUCAAAGCCCAAAAAGAAGAAUCGAGGCCUCAAGAAGACGUGGAGGAACAUCGAAUUCUACGCCAACAAGCGCCGUGACCCUACAUGGCCAGCGGCGCUAGACGCCGACGACGACUGGGAGAAGCCAUCGGAGGUGAAUGUGCGGGAGUUGAACUCCUGGCCAGCAAUUUACAUACAGGGGCUAUACUGGGACAACAACGCCGAGGUGAUCGGAGAGAUGAUAUCCCUGGAAGUCGGGGAGGAUGGCACGCUGUUGACCGUGAAGGCUCAUGGGACAACAUCGGAGGAGUUGCUGAGGCUAUUGUCAGGGAAGGCUUCGAAGCUGCUGCAAGUCCACCUUUGCGACGAGCCCUGCAGUCAUUUGACCUGGAAGGAGGGGUUGAUCCAUGCGCAGAGGCUCAAGCGUUGUCAUUUCGAGGACCAUGCAUGGAGCAGGAAUGCCGAAGUGAGCGUCCGAGAAGCCGAGAGGGACGAGCUGGCGAUCCUCAGAAGGGAAGCUGCCGAACGAGGAAAAAGAGUAGGAGUCAGUUUGGGGGCUCCUGGUGCAGCCGCGGAGGAGGCGGCUCGGCGAGGCCGACAAGAAGAAGAAGAAGAAGCGGAAGAAGGCAAAGGAGCGAAUGGUGCCUGUCAAAAGCCUCGAGUCGCUUUUUGCGACGACCGGCCUCGACCCCAGAGAGGAGGUCCGGCGCAGGCUUCGCAGGAGGGCCAAGCGCCUGGGGCGAAAAGCCCGAGCCAGGAAGAGUUCGUCAGGCUCCAACUCGAGCAGCUCUUCAAGUGGAACCUCGACGGAGGAAGAAGGCCCGCCCGAGGAGUUGUUCGCCCCGAUAUCGGCGCCGCAGCGCAUCUGGCCUUCACGAAGCGGAAUCUCAGAGCCUUCGUCCAAUGGUCCCAAUACUGCCGGCAACACCUCAUGGCAGGCAUGGCUCCACCAGUGGCUCGAGAAGCAUUGCACUGGUCCGCCGUCCUGGACUUGCUCUUGGAGGGACGUGUGGCCAGUGCGAUGGAUGUGAUAACCCAGAGACUGAAAAGUCUCGAAGGGUUGAGCAAGUCGAUGCGACCGGAUCUUCUUCGACAGCUGGAGUUGUUGCCCCUGGACCGCGGGGGUCUGGCGACGUCAACGGAAGUGCAAAUGAACCACGAGGCGAAAGCGCUCCAGAAGUCCACCAAUCGCCCAUGGGAGGAGAGAUCCAAAGGAAAAGAAAAGGGGGAGAAAGGAAAAUGGAAGGGUGGCAAGAGCGAGAACAAGUCCAUCGACCACGACAAGAAGAAGGAGAAGGGAGACGGAAAGAAGAAGUCGCAGUGCAUGCACGGGGCCAACUCCGAGAUCGUGAGUGAUGGCGUUGGUCAAGAAUUCAAUAGACCUGGUAAGAUGGCGACGCUGCACGAGGGUGAGCCAUUGGACCCUAUGAUCAUCAAUUCUCCUGGACGAGUUGCAGAGUCGAGGCGGGAGGAAACCACACCUGGCGAAUGUCAAGAGUUGGAGGACUCCACCAUUGCCGCAAUCUUUACAAGGGCAGUUGAGGUGUUGAGAAAGGACGGGCAGCAACAUUCACGACGCUCCAACACGGAGCUCGAUCACGGGCCUCAAUGCCCACCGUUCCCGUUACGGAUACGAACGGAAGGCUGGGGUGCGAGAUUGGGCUUCCCCCACCUGCCCAAGUACGACAUGCUGGUGACCGGGACGAUGGCGGCGCUCAAUCAUUUGGCUGGAUUUGAGGGCUCCCUGGAACCGUUGCCGGAUGAAGCGGCCUCUUCGACUUUGUCACCUGAGACAAGUGUUCGUUCGCUUGCAGAAAAAAGACUUGCAGCUCUCGUCGUUCGCAAUCGCAUGUGGGAGGUUCCAUAA